UCUUCUACUUUAUUCUUCUUCUCUUGCUCUUACUUUCAGGCUUCUCUGCCAGUUUAUUACAUUUCUCUUUAACAGCAUGCGUUAGUUGAGGUUGAGGUUCAGUCUCGUCUACACAACCUUCUUGUCACGUCUUUUUAAACUAACUGUCCAUAAUUUUUUUAAUUCAGUUAGUUCGUUUUUAUAAAAGUUAAAAAAAUAUUUUUUAAUUCGAUAAGCCUGACACGAACUCGUUUGAAAAAAAAUUCUUUAAUUAGUACUGUGCGUAUUUAUAGUGAUAAAACGUAAGAGGUGAUGAGUAAAAAGGAAAAAAAAUAAAAUUUUAGUGUAAAAGAAAAAUGAAACAAUCAGCCUUUGAGCAAACGUAUUUUCUCCGCAUUGCAAAACAGCCGCUGGGUGAAAUUGGAAUUUGCAUACCCGAAUUACUCGGCGAGUUACAUGUUUACAAACUGAAAAUAUAUUGACUUUUUUCACUAUUUUGUUUAUGUUAUAUUUUAUUUAUUUAUUCUAUAUUAUCUUUUGUGAUACGUUUCCCGGGCUUUGUGAUCGACAGGUUUAUUUUGAGCAUCAGUGACGUGAAAUGUGUUAAGCAUUAAAUGUACAAUUUGUAAAUGAAUAUUAAGUGCGAAGUGUGCACAAGUAUUCGAUAAUAAUAACAACAAUGAUGACCCGAUGACACACAUAUGAUUCACAGUGUGUAAUGUAACGUUAAGUGUAAAUAAGGAAGGAAGUGUUUAUUAUAAAAUCAGUGACUGGUGGGCUUAUUCUAAUCCGGGUGUGACACUCGAGGUUUACGUGUGGAGAACGAAAACUAUGCGGCACGAUGAGGGGGCCAAGAAUCGGUGGCCUACCGAGUGCGAGAUACUUGGAUCGAUUCCAACAGAGGCUACAAAUGUCGAUCACACUUGUUUUUAUUUUUUUUCUCAUAAGAACUUCAAUAUCAGUACCAUUGGGAAAGUCAGAAAGGCUUCAAAAAAAGUAUCAAGAAUCCGAAGGGUCUCAAGAAAACGAAGAGCUACCGAUAUUCGAGCAAACAGUCACCAAUGUAACGGCCUUAGUUGGACAGACUGUUUAUUUGCCGUGCAAGGUCCGGGAUUUGGGUGACAAAGUCGUGUCCUGGAUACGCAGCAAAGAUCUACAUAUUUUGACGUCCAGCGACAUUACUUUUAGCUCUGAUCAGAGGUUCAGUCCGGUACACACUCCUGGGAGCGAUGCCUGGACGCUCAAGCUAGAGGACACCAAAAAAAGUGAUACGGGAAAUUAUGAAUGUCAAGUUAAUACAGAGCCGAAGAUUAUGUAUACUAUUUUACUUAUUGUCAAAGAUUCUGAAGUCUCAGAAGGAAAUGAUUCUCCGCAUUCGCAGCAGACCCAAUCGAGUUACGAAAGUACAGCUCCAGUCGCAACAAUAAUGGGUCCACGGGAGCAACGGGUGCCAUCAGGUUCGACGAUCACCCUAAGGUGCAUAAUAACGUCUCCGUAUCAGCCGCGGCCCAUCAGAGGCGCACAAUGGCUGCGAGACAACAAACUCCUGACAUUCCAGCCGGGCCGCGGUGGUUUAGUCAUUGAGACAGAACGAGUUGCUGGGCGCACAAGCUCCGAAGUAACUCUCGCGUCAGUGACUAUGGAAGACAUGGGUAAAUACACCUGUCGACCGACUGAGGGAAGAGCUGAUACUAUUCUGUUAAUUGUUGAACAAGGUGAACGCACAGAAGCGAUGCAACGCGACGCAGGCUACGUGCCAGUUUCAUCAUCAUCGUUAUCAAAAAAAGAAUUUCAUUGUCAACUAGUUUUGCUACUAAUUGUCCUGAUGUUCAGAUAACUGAAAAUUGAAUAAUUCUAUCUCAUUUUUUUUUCUACAUAAAAAUAAAAUAGACAGAAAUAAUUUAAAGUAUUAUACAGUAUUUAUUUACAUAGCAAUAAUGUAUUUUUUAUAAUAAAAAAUUGAUGAUUACCUCAAA